AUGCAAAAUAAUGUUAACAAUAGUUUUAGGGAGAUUCAUCAACCUCCUUCCACAUACCUUGUAAACAAGGAUUUAGAUGCAAUAGUCACCGAAGAAAGUAUGGAAAUAUUUGAUGAUAGAAUUUAUGAAUCAGAAACACAAAAAAAUGAGGAUUCUUCAAAAGAAAUAUUAGAGAAUGUUGACUUCUUGGAUCGAGUAGUUGAUCAAUUUUAUGGAAAUGAAAGGACAUCUAGUAUUCGAAAGAUAAAUGACGAAAUGGGUGAAGGCAGUCCUCUUUUAUUUCCAAAUGAAAUAACGAGAAAUACAGAAAUAAUAACCAGCAAUAAAAGACAUAAAAUAAUAAAUAAUAACAACCAGAAGUUAGGUGGAAGCAGGGAAUUUCUAGAUGCAAUCCAGGCUAAGACCAGGAAAUACAUUACUUUUGAGAUUGGUAGAGGAUAUAAAAGAUGUUUGCUUUUGCAAACUGGUGAGUUAUUAAGGCUUGUACAUUCAUACAACAAAGAGUGCUUACUGCAGGAUACUGUACCGGGUGCCUUAAAACUUCGUGAUUUAAGACAAGUUGUAAGUAUGGGUAGUAGCCAAAGACCCUCAAUUGAAGUAAGAAGAAAUUGUAUUUUAGUUAACGUACCACACUUUAGAGUAAUCAUUUUGCAUCAAAAAGUUUUGUUAAUUGCAUCAGGAUAUUCGAGAUCCCCACUUGAAUAUCCAAGCAGCGGAAUUAAUUAUAAUUAUCCUAGUAGUAGCAAUAACAAACCUGAGAAAAGAGAAGAAGUUUUUAAAGAACAAAAUAAUUGUACAAAUAAGAAUACAUUUUCACUUAACGAUGUAUCACUUGAAGUUACAGUUCCCUAUUCAUCUUCAAUUGACGUUCCAAAUUCUCCAAAUAAUUAUCAAUGCAAGCACGAUGUUAUAAAUGAGGUUAACUUUGACAACUCAAUGGCAGUACAGUUUGACUCCACUAAGAUUAACAGCUUUCCAAAAACCGGAAUUGAAUAUACCCCAAUUGAAGGUUUGUCUGAUAAACAAAUAUAUUCUAGAAAUUCCCAGUUUAUUCCUCCUGGAAUUGAAGAUGGGUUUCCCUUAUUAAGGAAACUAGAACAUAUUUCCGGUAUUGAAAGCUCCACUCCAUUUGAAUAUUUGGUUUUGGAAACUAUUUUAGUUGAAUCAUGUAAUAUCAUAAACCGGCAAGUGAGACCAAUAAGAGACUCCGUGUUGUUUAUACUUGAUAGCUUUCCAGGAAGGAAUCGAGAAACAAGAAGGCUUUUAGACGCAGUUUCAGAACUUAGAAGGAGAUUAAAUGCAAUAGAAGAACUUGCACAAGGGCUUUUUAAAGCAAUUACUGAAAUGCUUGGUAACGAAGAAGAUAUGCAACGACUUGAAAUUUCAUUUUAUUGGAAUAGACCAGAAGCGUGGGAGUAUCCAAAAAACACACCAUAUCAUGAGGAAGUAGAAAAUGUUUUAGAGUGCUAUGCGCAAGAAGUUGAGAUGAUGCUGCAGCAAAUAGAGUCAAUAGGUGAAUCUUUAGAAGAUGCUUUGGAAGUGCUAACACUUGAACUUUCUUCAUUGAGAAAUUCAAUAAUGAAAGCUGACUUAGGCUUAUCAAUUAUCGCGACAAUUGUUGGGUUUUGUGGCUUUUUUGCAGAUUGUUUUGGAAUGAAUUUUAGAAACGGACUUGAGGAAGUGGGGCCUGCACUAUUUUGGUUCAUAACAUGCGGAUUAAUUUUGUUAUGUGCCGCAGGGGCAAUUGUUGUUCUUACAACAUUUAGAAAAAUAGAUUUAUAA